GAAUGAAACGGGACGAAUUACGGGAUAAGUUCAAUAUCAUCGGUCUCGAAAUGGAAGGAGCGGGGACUAAUGCGGUAGUGCCUGCAGCCAUGAUCAGAGGCGUGUGCGAUUACGGUGAUCAGAAGAAGAACGAUCAGUGGCAGCCCCAUGCUGCGGCGAAGGCUGCAGCAUACGCGAAGUCAGUUCUAGCACAGUUGCCGCCGCUGGAGGAUGCAAAGGCCAAAGAACAUGGUGUCCCACUGAUGAAUACGUCGAACACGGUUAUGCCUACCCGCCUUAAGAAGUCGCUGUUAUUCGAUGAUGUACACGGUCGCAUGAACGCGAUAUUUUCACCCACUGAAACGACGGCGUGGCUGAGACAACUGGAUGCAUACAAAUCAUGGUUCAGUCAAGAAAAUCUCGUGAGCCACGACUUACUUUUCAUCAAAGGAAAACCAGGAUCGGGAAAAUCAACUGCGUUGAAGUCAGCAAUGAUGCAUGCGCAGGACCAAAAGUCUAUAUCGGUCGCCUCAUUCUACUUCAACAGCAAGGAGAGCAGACCUUCGGUGGGCACGCUGCACCGAAGUACUAUUGGGAUGCUUCGUUCGUUAGUUUACCAACUUGCGAAGAAUGACACAAGCGUGCGAACAGAACUCAUUAAGCUCUGGAGCGAAAAAUCACAAGACACAGCUGAAGAGGAAGACCAAGGCAUGACCGCGUAUCAAUGGCAUGAAGCAGAUCUUCAGACCUUUCUUGAAAGAGUUUUCUCAUCGCGACUGACUCGACGCACGUUUAUCUUCAUCGACGCUCUAGAUGAGUGUUCGACUUCAGACGGUGACGACGAUGCAUCGCAGGAGGCUCGAGAUGUCUUUUCCUUCUUUCGGAGCAUCUUGGCGAUAGCGAAAAAUCAUGGUGUCAUUUUGAGAAUCUGCGUCUCAUGUAGAACGUUCUUCACGGUUGGUGAUGGGUUGUGCGAGGUUGUCCUCGACCAGUUGAACGGGGAAGCCAUUGCAACUUACGUCAAAUUACGAUUCGAGAAUCACGGCGCCACAGUUGUAGAAGCAAAGCUCGAAAGUGUAACGGCUGAAAUCCUGUCUCGAGCUUCUGGUAUAUUUCUUUGGGUAAAGCUUGUUAUGGACCUAUCGUUGAGAUAUUGGGACCAGGGAAGAACCAUUGAUUGGAUCAAGGAUCGCUUCGCAUGGCUGCCACUCGACCUUGAAAUAAUCUACAAGAACAUCCUCUCCACCAUGAAUGAUUCCGAAGAAGAGCGGAGAAUAGCUAUACGAUUCUUCUAUUGGAUGAUCUUCAGUAACAGACCUCUGCAACUUCGGGAAUGGUACGCGGUAGUUGGUCUGAUACAAGAAGUCCCUCCAAAAUCUAUGAAAGUGUGGACUGAGUCCAAAGAAUUCCCGAGAAACGCUGGCGAAGCAGUAGCUGGCAGUACGUUAGAGAAAUGGAUCAAGCGAGUGUCAAGGGGGCUAGUCGAGGUCUCGCAGGCUACUGAAACCAAUGCGGAAGAGGUCGAAUCGACGCAAUGCGCUACAGCCGGGUCGGCAACCUUGCACAGCGGAGAGAGCAGAAGAGUUUACUUGAUCCAUGAGACAGUCCGUGAAUUCUUUCACAAGACCGGAUUUUUAAUUCUCGCGCCCGCAUUACGGAGCACGGAGCUUGCAAAGAUCGAAGGGCAUACAACCAUCAUCAACAACUGCAUUCAUUAUCUUCACAUCUCGGAGCUUGACCGUUGGGCAAAGCGCCGCCAAGGUCUAUCAUCCAUUAACUAUGGAGGUGAUUGGGGCAUCCAAGAGCCAGAUGAGUAUCCGUUAUACGCCUCCGCAGCAUCGUUUAACAAACUGUCGGAUGAAGCACACAAGCCAGGGCUGCCCAUGGCUCCAUUCGAGCGUGAGACAGGACAUAUUGAAGGCCUUGCAGAUCUUGUACUACAACGGCGAUUGUCCAUCGAUCAUACUAGCAGGAUCGCCAGCUGGCUUUCCCUUGCAGGGGAGCCGGCAUUCGGCGAUCAUCAAUCGUCGUCACAUAGAACAAUAAGCCUGCCAUUCCGCACGAGAGGUACUAUCAUGGAAGAUGGGCCGAACGAGGCAACCCGCUCUGCUCACGCAGAAGAGCUGCAUUCGGUCGAGAGCGGAUUUAACACAUACGCCAAUGAGCUGUAUGCAGAUAAUAAUUCGGUGAAUACUUCCCUGGAAACAGGCGCCAAAUCGACGAGGAUUGAAGGAGACGUUUUUGCACUCCUAGAGUAUGCUACGAGCGACAUAUUUGUUCAUGCAAGUACUGAAGAUUUGCAAUGCCAUGAUAUUCGAUGGUUGGCAGAGACGUUGCUUCAGGCUUGGGACCGUAUUGUGCUGUUGCGUCCGGAUCUAAGGCGUAACGCAAACUUCAUCGGAUUCUGUGCAGAGGCAUCCAGUCUGAAUACUCUGAUCAUUCCAAGUCUGGAAAGCUCCCAUUGUAAAAUGACUGCGGCCGCCGUGUUCAUACUCAUAUGCCUACAUCGAGCAACUCGCGGUCUUGAAGACUUGGUGCUGCGUCAUAUAAAGAGUGGACGUAAUUCUCCUCGAGAUGCCUCCCACAUAGUGUAUUCCGGACUCAUUAACAGCUUGUUCGUAGACCCAGACAUCAUGAGAAGUAUAGGCAUGACUAAGCAAAUACUCGUGAAUGCCUGGAUAAUUUGCUGCGAGCGAUUACAAAUCCGUGGAUUGGUUACAAGCGACGAGGCAAAAGCCACAAUCAAUCAAGACUGUCCCAACCCGUUAUUUGAAGCUUGUCGGCGUAAAGAUUUCGUGCUUAUUGAAAAGCUUCUUGACAUGGGGGCUGAUCCCAACCUCCGUGACGGGAAUCUUGAAACACCAAUUGACUGCCUGUGUGCGUCUGUGGACGAAUGGAGUGAACAAUGCCUCCACGUUUUGUCUCGGCUCAUUAAAAAGAUAACAACUCCGGAAAAUCUAAGGCCGAUUCUUCCUCGGCCAAAUUCUUCUCGAAAUCCAUUACAUGGUAUCUCCGCGUCCAAAUCCCCAAAUUUGAGAGCUUUCAAUUUUCUACUUGCCGCAGGAGUUGAUGCUAACGGGAAAGACCGGCAAAACAACACGCCGCUUCACCUACUCUGUCAGACGGUGUGCCGCCUUCACUGUGACAGAGACGGCUGGAGCUCGACGCCGAAAUAUAUGGAGAUGGGUUUAAUAAUCACUGCAUUGCUCCGGUAUGGGGCUGACGUCAACAGUAUUGAUGCUCAGCAGAGAACUCCUAUGCACCAUCUGUCGUCCUCAGGUCACUUCUUCCCACUCAUCACCAUUCUUAUCUUGAACGGCGCCGACCUCAACUUGAGUGAUCUAUCUGGUCAAAAACCUCACUUUCAACUCUACACAAGGUGUCACCUUGAGCUGCACUUGCGGUUCCUUCAGCACUUCUCCUCGCUUCGUUCUGUUGAUCCCAGCGACUUGCGGGACAAUAAUGGAAACACCCUGUUUUCCAUCCACGUGUUCACUGCAUGUCAACCCAACGUCAGCGAGCACCAAGGGAAUAAAUACUCUUCGAGUCUACGCAGACUCUUAACACACUUCAAGUUUGACGUCAACCACAUAUCUGAGGCAGGCAUUGAUGCGGGUGUUAGCCCGCUCUCACGCAUAUGCAGAACACCGUGGUCUACUUGGGCAGGUCCUCCUCCAUAUCUGCUAGAGCUGUCUGCACUGAUGCUCGACUUUGGUGCGGACGCCCGCAUCACUGACAACAAGGGGAGAACACCACUACACUGGACUGCGAGUGAAGCAAUGUUCGACAUUGUGAAGCUAUUGAUUAGCAAGGACAGGGCAUCAGUACGCGAUUCUGACCACGAAGGCAACACCCCACUGCACCUGGCUGCUAAAAGCUGGUCAAAUGCUGAGAAACGACAGAAGUGGUUGCAUCCCCAGAGAUUGGAAUGUGUCAAAUUUCUGCUGACAUCUAGAGCUUCUGCAAUCGUUGUGAAUCGCAUGUUACAGACUCCAGCACAGGCAUUGUAUCUCCCAGCACAGCGGUGGGAGCGGGACGCUAGGCGUGAUCUAAUUACGAUAUUGCGAGAUGCUGAAGCAUCUCAAAUCAGAGAGCUUCUGCAACGGUCAUGAGAGCAAGCUUCAUGUUUACUACUGUUGUCUAACUACCUUCAGUGUUGCUUUUGCUAGCUUAUUGCUGCAUACACUUCUUCAUUAAAGAUUCAUUGCUAGAAGGCUAUAUGGGUAUAUAAGAGCGAUAAUAGAAGAUUAGUUUCUGCGAAUCACUAUCUACUGCAGUCUACUGUAAUCUACUACAUUUAUCCUCUAUGACCCGCCUACUGAGUACCGCCUUCGAGCCUUGGAAAUCGAAUCACACUGCCGAUCGUCUAGAGGAAGUAACCCAGAUAAUCGAUAGCGGCACGAUAUGCUGUCAGAUGCAUAUUUUUUAUUUUGCGUGCAUUAGAGUUAUUGUUGGCUAUUCGGUACCUA